UCUUUGCUUGUCAAAUGUGUCUUAACUGUCUGAUCACUUGUGGGUGGUGCUGACUUAGUGAAUGUUUUUCCUUUUAGUAUAAAUUACAAUUUCUAUUUUAUUCGUAGAAAAUGUUACUAUAAUUGAUUAUGCCGAGGAUCUUACUACCAUGCGGCUAUUGAAACUAAUCAAUUAUAAUUAACCUUGUAGACUUCAUAAAACUUUAAUAUAAAAUAAUGUCUUAAAUUGUUAAUAUACAAUGGAAACAAGUAAUUCAGCAAAUACAGAUGAUGCCAAAGAUGCUUUUGGCUACAUCAAUGAACGACCUGUAGAUGAUAUCUCAUUGGAAUUUUUUUAUAAACCACAUACCAUAACCCUAUUAGCAGUCUCCAUCGCUCUUGUUAUAUACACAGCAUUUGUAAGAGAUGAGACUAACACUCAAGAUAAUAUUUGGUCUGGAAUUUGCUGUGUGGUAUUCUUCUUCUUAAUAAUAUCAGUACUUACUUUUCCCAAUGGACCCUUCACUAGGCCUCAUCCCGCCAUAUGGAGGAUUGUGUUUGGCAUGUCGGUCCUUUACUUACUUGCUCUACUAUUCCUGUUAUUCCAAAGCUAUUCUACAGUUUAUGAAAUUAUGUAUUGGAUUGACCCAAACCUCAAAAAUUUUCACAUUGAUAUGGAUAAGGAUUAUGCUGUUAAUUGCACAGACAUCAGCUUUUCUAGAAUAUGGUCCAGUGUGGAUGUGUUUGCGUGGGGCCACUUUUUAGGAUGGAUGUUCAAAGCCAUUCUAUUUAGGCAUACGGGACUGCUCUGGGCUAUAUCAAUUAUGUGGGAAAUAACUGAAAUAGCCUUUGCUCAUCUGCUUCCAAACUUUCUAGAAUGUUGGUGGGAUUCUAUUAUUUUGGAUGUACUAAUCUGCAAUGGAUUGGGAAUAUGGUGUGGACUUAAAAUAUGUAAAGCUCUUGAAAUGAGGGAAUAUAAAUGGGUUGGCAUAAGGGAGAUUUCAUCUACCACAGGAAAAAUAAAAAGGGCUAUACUUCAAUUCACACCAGUACAGUGGACACCAGUUCGGUGGCUGGAUCCCACAUGUACAUAUAUGAGAUUCUUUGCUUUAAGUCAGCUGGUUGUGUUUUGGCAAAUUUCAGAGCUGAAUACUUUCUUCUUAAAGCAUAUAUUUGAAAUGCCUCCAUCACAUCCACUUGUUAUAGCUCGGCUGUGUCUUAUCGGAGUUAUUGUUGCCCCUUCAGUGAGGCAAUAUUACACCUAUGUAACAGAUCCCAGAUGCAAAAGAGUUGGUACUCAGUGUUGGGUUUAUGGAGCCAUAAUGGUAACAGAGUCAAUGCUGUGUAUUAAAAAUGGGCAGGAGCUAUUUGGUCAAGCACAAGUGUGGAACGUGAUUGUAUGGUUAAUUAUACAAAUUCUAGUCUCAAUAGGCUGUGUUUAUGGUGUUGUACUCUAUCAUAGAUACAUUGCGCCAAACAAGGAUUCAUCACUAGAUAGUCCAAAAAAAGAAAAUUAGUGCAAUUAAGAGGUUGUAUAAAAGGUACCUCCAAGAAGGCAAUGGCAGACUUAUAAAAUUGAAUGUUGUAAAUCUUUGAUUCAUUCUUAUUUAUUGCUAGUGCUAUGCUAAGAAUUACCAAAUAUUAUUUUUUAGCUUGGAACUAGAUACCUCAAUGUAUGUCUGUGGAUUUAUUAACAUAGAUAAAGUAAUUUUUUUAUCAUUGCUCAGAUAUUGGUACAGAAAUUUUACAAUAUAUCUGUGGGAUAAAAAAUGUACAUAUGGGUUUUGUCUUUAUUAUAGAAAUUGGUUGUUUUAUUGAAUAGUUGUAAGAAUUUUUUAAAUUUCUUUGAGGAAAAAAAAAUAUCCACAACAUUGUCUUUAACUAUAUUAUGUGUAAUUUACUAGAGUGAUCAUCUUGGCCGAUAAGCUGGGCUCCCAUAACCGAAUUAUCGGCUAAUUAUAUAUCUCUUUACUAUUGCUGUUAAAAAGUAGGUGUGUUAUAAGUAAUUCUUCCAAGAUAGAAAACUAAUGUUCGAAUAAUAUAAUACAAGAUUAUAUGAUAUAUGACCUUGGUGAAAUUUUUCCAAAUGUACUUUUUGUAUCAAUAUUUCUUUUUAUUUGAGACUAAAGGUAUUAUGAGUAUCUAUUAUAAAUACCUCGUAAAAUAUAAGGUUUGACUAGAAAUAGAACUUUUAAUAAUAAAGUUAAUUAGAUUCA